CACAACGCGCCCGAGUCGCCAGGCGACGGCUGUUAGUUUGAUCGCUAUACGAACUCGCGCUAAGAACUAUAAACAAUUUAAUUUUGCAAACUUUAGCGCAAUUUCCAAACGUGCGUUCUACAUUUGAAUCUCAUUUUCGCGGCCACCGGUGACAUUCGGCCGUGUGUCAAAUUUUGUGAACGUUAUGGUUAUAUAUAGUUUUGGAAAAUCGCGCGUAUUUUUUUACUUAUUUUGAAGGACUGUUUACAAUUAUUUGUGACUUUUGAGUGGUGAUUUUAAUUGGUUGUUUACUUUGUGUGCUGGAGUCUGCAAGAAUGGAGAAAGGCGGUUCGAAAUUAAUGCAGAUGCAGGCGCGGUUCCAACAGAAGCAGAUGCAGGAGCGAGAGCUGAAGAUAGCGUCGCUGUACGAGGCGCAGCAGGCGCGUGCACUUACUCGCGUGAGGCACUCGCCCAGCGAGAGUCUCGUGCGUCGAUCACCGAGCGAGAGUCUGUCCAGCCCGCCACAGCCACCUGUAACACAUCAGCCCGGCAAGGUCCGUCAAAUGUUCGAGGAGCGACGAACCAAAGGCAUCGACAAGAGCUACCCCCUCCAACCAAUUCAGAACACAGAACGCUCGCGCAAACCCCUGCCCAACGGGUUCGCCAAAGUGUCUAGUACCAGGAUCCAGAACGUUCAAAACGGGACAGAGCGGACAGAGCACAGGCAGAAUGGGACGAGGACGACCAGUCGGGUGACAGAGAAGAAGAGCAUGACACAUAAGAGCAUCAGCUCGCAGAGUAUAAAGAAACAUCAUGUCAAAACUGAAGAGGUCAUAAAUAGAUCAGGGGACCUUAACCACAACCACCAGCCAGACCUUAACGCUGUGAAGGAGGCGCUGAUAAGCAAUGGACUGGUACACGAAGUGGACGAACUAGACGGAGACGGCAACAUGCUAGAGGACGAGACGUUCCCCGAGGCUCUAGCGCCGGUCACCCCGCGCGACGAGCCGCCCGCCCGGCCUCCUAGGAGGAGUCCGAUGACAAAAACAACCCCCUCCACCACCACCACCAAACCAAAACCGGCUGCCGCGCCCGCCGCUCCCCCCAGGAGGACCCCCAGUGGAAAUGCAUCAGAGAGCAAGACCCAGGGCUCCAUGGCAAACAGAGGUCCAAAAGCAGCCACUGGAAGUAGUCAAAUAAGAAGUACGCCGGGGAGUUCAUCGCAAGUGAAGCGCGUGCCAGCGGCGCCGUCGUCCACAGGCGCCGGCGUGCCGUGCAGCGUGUGCGGGCGGCGCUUUGCCGAGGAUCGCCUCGCCAAACAUGAGAGCAUCUGCCGCAAGGCGCAAACCAAGAAGAGGAAACCCUUCGACGCACUUAAGCAUAGACUUGCGGGCACGGAUGCAGAGGAGUUCAAGGGCACGGAAGCGGAGCCGUUUAUAAGCAGACUGCGGAAGAGCAAUGUUGCGAGCAACGCUGCGCCCGCCAAGCCAAAGCCGUUGAACAGCAGCUGGAGGCAGAAGCAUGAGGAGUUCAUCCAGGCCAUCCGAGCUGCCAAGCAGGUGCAGCAACAUCUAGCUGCUGGAGGCAAACUAAGCGAUCUCCCGCCACCGCCGCCUUCAGAGAACCCCGACUACGUGCAGUGCCCGCACUGCAGCCGCCGCUUCAACCAGGCGGCGGCCGAGCGCCACAUCCCCAAGUGCGCCUCCUUCCAGUUCAACAAGCCCAAGCCCGGCCAGGGCAAGCCCAGCAACUCCAAACGCCGGUAACACAGCCGGGGACCUUACGAUACUGCUGACUGUGGAACUUAUAGGCGGUGAUUUCAUACCGCGUGUUUAUAAACGCUAAUAGACCUGACUUUGGAUAACGGCCCUAUUCGAAGAAUGAGAUACGAUAACGAUAAGUUCUGGUUUAGAUAAGUUCUCAUUUAGAUAUAGUUUGUAUGUCGUAUAAUUGACAGAAGCAGCUCGAUUCGGGCAACCGAUGUCACUUACACGUUAGAAAUAUCGUAGAUAGAUCUUAUUGGGAUCACAGUGGAAUCGAAAUAAACGUCAAUUUUGACAUGUCGUUUAGCUAGAUCGAUCUUAAACGUGUCUUAAUCAUUCUUCGAAUCGUGCCGUAAGUGAGCUUCAAAGGGUCCAAAACAGGACAGAUCCUAACAAGUUUAAAAACGGGUCACAUGCCUGGACAACUACUUGACUGCGAAAAAGGGCUAAUUAUGGUUAAUGUAAGGAAUCAUAACGUUACUGACGGAGACUACUUCUUAGACGUUGUUUGUCGCAAAAUCCUGUUUACUUUCUAACAAAGAAUUAACAAGAAAUAAUUGAUUUGUAUUUUUAGCUUGCAAGUUCCUAAAGGACAUUCGAUCUCAAGCACAAUGUAACGUAUUCCAGAAAAAUUACGAUGAAUUAACGUUGUAUUUAUACCUUCAAAAUAUUUUUGCGUAUAUGUACUCUAGGACGGGAUUAAAACAACCAGUUUUCUUCACUUUUUAUCAUUAAUUCAGGACAAAUACGUGUUAAGAUAACCUUACCUACUACACAAAUAUAAUACAACUUAUUAUAUAUUUAAGGCGUGGUUUCAAAGGUCUAACACCUUUACAAAACCGGUCAUAACUUUUAAAAUAUUAGAGACCACUUUAUAUAUUUAAAAUUGAUAAUUAUUAUUAAAUUUUGCCAUACAAAUAUUGGGACCUAAUAUUUAAGAGGAAUUUUGGGAAUCUCGACGAUUAUUUUUAGCUAUUAAUCUAAUAUUAGUUAACAGUGAGAUUUUUUUAAUGAAUAUUGGCGUUGAUACAGUUAAUGGUGUGAGUGAUGGGGCAAAAUGUAAUUGUAUGAAAUGUGUUACAUUAUAUACCAUGUUGUGCAGACUGUACGUAAAAUUAUGCUUUUUUUGAUGUUAACAUUCUGUUAUAGACCUAUUAAAAUAUACUUUAAUAUUU